AAGAAAACAACUAACAGCACUACUUGCUCCCACACUCAACCUCAACAACACGAACAAGAUAGAACCUCGAGUCAGCACAGUCGAUUAGCGCACAUACAACUAGAACGUGCUUCCGAUACCAGCUCUGAUGAGCUUCCUACAACUGUGAUUUGUACCCAUCGAAAGACUUCUUCAAUUCCAGUAGAAACAAGGCAUAACGCAUCCUUGUAUGACGAAUUUCAAGCUCGCAAUAGAGGGAUUCCCGUCCCACAAGCAAGCUCUUCUUGGCCAACUUGGUGCUACGAAUUCAGGGGAAAUCGGAGUACUUACUCAUCUUUUACUGAUAGAGGGUUGAUGCGAGGAAAACCGAGUUCUCCUCCUCAGGACUACGCUGGAUACAAGGCCAGGGCAGGUGGAAAUGCUGAUCUGCCGUCUUCGGAUAGAGGGUCGAUGCGAGGGAAACCGAGCUCUCCCCCUCAGGACUACGCGGGAUACAAGGCCACGGCAGGUGGAAAUGCUGAUCUGCCGUCUUCGGAUAGAGGGUCGAUGCGAGGGAAACCGAGCUCUCCCCCUCAGGACUACGCGGGAUACAAGGCCAGGGCAGGUGGAAAUGCUGAUCUGCCGUCUUUGGAUAGAGGGUCGAUGCGAGGGAAGCCGAGCUGUCCCCCUCAGGACUACGCGGGAUACAAGGACAGGGCAGGACGAAAUGGUGAUCUGUCAUCUUUGGAUAGAGGGUCGAUGCGAGGGAAACCAAGCUCCCCCCCUCAGGACCACGCGGGAUACAAGGCCAGGGCAGGACGAAAUGCCGAUCUGCCGUCAUCGGUUGGAGGGUCGAUGUGUGACUCUUCCCCACAAGACGGUAAGACAGGAACCGCUUUUGCUCUUCAAUGGAACAUAAACGGGUUCUACAACAACUUGGAGGACCUGGGGAUGUUAGUGAGAGACAUACGACCUACGGUGAUAGCUUUACAGGAAGUUCACCGAGCAAAUUCAACGGGAAUGGAACUGAACUUUGCACUUCAGCAAGGAAAGGGUAAAUCCUCGGGCCCAGAUGAUAUUGGCUACGCAAUGUUGCAAAAUCUUCCGGAGAUGGGUAAACGUUGUCUUCUCAAACUUUUGAACAAGGAGUGGAUAAACAAUACUCUUCCUUCUGAAUGGAGACAUAGUCUGGUUAUUCCCAUACCAAAACCUAAAGGGCCUGCCAAUGAACCAGACAGCUUCCGGCCAAUAUCGCUAACAUGCUGUAUUUCGAAGGUCCUAGAAAGAAUGGUGAAUCGCCGCUUGAUACAGUAUCUCAACGAAGGAAAUUUUCUAGACCACCGACAGCACGCCUUCAGGCCCGGCCAUGGAACGGGUACAUAUUUCGCCACUCUAGGCCAAGUGCUGGAUGAUGCCUUGAGAAAUAACAGACACGUAGAACUUGCUACACUAGACCUCGCAAAGGCAUACAAUCGGGCCUGGACACCUGCUAUCAUCCAAAAACUGGCGGAAUGGGGUCUUUGUGGCAGUGUACUCCACUUCAUUAAAAAUUUUGUCUCCAAUCGUUCAUUUGAAGUACUUAUCGGGAACCAUCGUUCAGCAAUAACCAAAGAAGAGACCGGAGUCCCACAAGGAUCAGUAAUUGCUGUCACGUUAUUUUUGGUAGCAAUGAAUGGUAUUUUCGAAUCGUUGCCAAAAGACAUUUACAUCUUUGUGUAUGCAGAUGACGUAGUCCUUGUAGCUGUUGGGAAACAUCCUGUUGCUCUAAGGAGGAAGCUUCAAGCAGCGGUAACCGCAGUUUCCAAAUGGGCUGACUUGGCUGGCUUCCAUUUGUCAGCUGAAAAAAGCGCCCGAACACACAUCUGCCUAACAAAUCACCGCCCACCGCGCAAAGCGGUCACCAUUCACGGUAUUGAAAUUCCAUUUAGAAAAACUGUGCGCAUUCUUGGAGUUCGUAUCGACCGCCGACUAACAUUCAUUGAUCACUGUAAGGAAGUCAAAAAGGAUUGCAGAACCAGGUUGAACCUGCUUAAGACUCUCUCAAAACAGCAUGCGAGCAACAAUCGCAACAUUCGGCUCAGAAUCUCUAGCGCAAUUGUAGAGAGCAAACUUUUUUAUGGGACAGAACUGACAUGUAGAUCUUCCGAAACGUUAACUAACACGCUAGCUCCUGUCUACAAUAACGCCAUCAGGAUAGUGUCUGGCCUACUUCCCUCCACUCCAGCGGAUGCAGCCUGCAUAGAAGUCGGUUCUCUUCCCUUCUUUUACAAGUUAGCUGCUGCUGUUAGUAGAAAAGCUGUUGGUUUUCUGGAAAACACUCGCAAUUGCCGCACAAGGGUCUUCAUCCUCGAAGAGGCUAACAGACUCUUAAGAUCGGUAGCCAACCAGAGUCUCCCACCAGUUGCUGAGGUCCACUGGACUGGAGCGAGAAGUUGGCGAUCUUCUCCCCCAAAUUUGGACUUUUCCAUAAAAAGACAGUUCAAGGCCGGUGACAACUCUGCAGCACUACGAAAACACGUCGUUCAGCUUCUAGCUACCAAGUACCGAUAUCACACACAACGAUAUUCUGACGGAUCUAAAACUCACGAGUCUGUCGGAAUCGGAAUUGCCGGACAAGAUGUCCAAAUUCAUCAUAGCCUUCCGCAAAUCUACUCUAUUUUUUCCGCAGAGGCUGUAGCUCUAUUUGUUGCCACCUCACAUCCCUCCGAAACUCCUAUCGUAAUCCUUACAGACUCCGCGAGUGCUAUACUUGCCCUAAGUUCACCUUCUUCCCGACACCCUUGGAUUCAAGCCAUUCAAGCUAUCUUGGACCACAGCAACAGCACCACCUUCGUUUGGGUCCCUGCCAACUGCGGCAUUCCCGGAAACGAGGCGGCAGACAAACUUGCCUCACUGGGUAGGUCCAAAAGACGACACUUCACCAAGGAAAUCCCGGGAGCAGAUGUAAAAAAAUGGAUAAAUAAUACGGUUCGCUACGCCUGGUCACAAGAGUGGCAUAGCAGAAGAGACGUCUUCAUACGUAAAAUUAAAGCAGACGUCGAUAAAUGGAUCGAUACAAAGAACAUGAAGGACCAAAGGGUCCUUUCACGCCUUCGAACUGGGCAUACGAGAAUUUCUCACAAUAUGACCAGUGGUUCAAAUUUCCAUAAGCACUGUGAUUUCUGCGGACUAAGGAACUCUGUUGAACAUGUUAUUUGUGUCUGUCCAAAAUUUGAAGACCUUCGCAAUCAUUACGACAUCGGAUCCAUCCACGAUGCCCUGAGAAAUGAUCCGGAUAGGGAAGUAUCACUGAUUCGCUUCCUCAAGGACGCAGCAUUGUACAGCGAUAUUUGACAACAUCUCACGACCAGGGCCUCACGAAUCCUAAUGGAAAUCAGCAUCGAGUAUUUUCGGACUUCUUCUUCAAAUAGCUCAACUAUGUAAAUUAGGUUUAAAUUCAUGUAGUAUACAUUGUUAGCCUUAAUAUUAUAAUGAGAUGAAUCAGCCAACGGCUGAAAAUCUCAUAAAUAAAGUGAA